UAUUAAUAUAAUCAGUAUAUAACAACUAUGCGAACAAACGAGUGUAAUGUAUAGAAUAAACUUAGUUUCCUUUCAGCUAAUUGACUGAUCUGGCACUCACGUGUCGAACAAUCUCACACAUAACAAACAUAAUUGAAUUGCUAUUUUCUUAAUUUAUCGCAAAAAGACAAGCACGCUUCUGUGUACUGCUGUUUUGUGCGUAAAAUAUUCUCUACAAAACCAAAAAGGGCGAACAUGUUUAUUCGAAAUUUGAAUUGUUGGCUGCUGCUAAACGUCUGUAACUUCGUGGUGCCGGCCAGUAUCUAUCAAGGGAAGGCGUUCUGGUACGAAGAGGCGGCACGGGCCUUGAGACAGCGACUGAAGACUUUGCCCGACACGGCAGGAGCCCGGCCUCGAGCUCGAGGUGUAGUCCUCCUGGUAGGAGACGGGCUGGGGUUGACCACGUCCACGGCUGCCAGGAUAUUCAAAGGCCAACGGCAAGGGCAGCAAGGCGAGGAAAGUAUCCUGGCCUGGGAUCGACUGCCAGCCGUCGCUCUGGCUAAGAUACAGCCUUAUUGCGGUAUUUUUGCUGUCUCUGCUGCUGCCUUAUGGUCCUCCACUCACUACACUGCAGGAAUGUCCUUAUGUGAUUCCCAUCGCAAGAUUCCAUGGGGUGGGAUGUUGUAA